AUGACGCGCCCGCCAUUCUCCGAGAACCGGUCCAUGUCCAUUUUGAAUGCGGCCAAGGCCGGCGGUUAUGGCGUCCCGGGCAUGUGCUGCUACAACAUCGAGUCCAUCAUCGCAACGGUGAGGGCGGCCGAGGCGGCCCGCUCGCCUGCCAUGGUGCUGCUGUUCCCCUGGGCAAUCCAGUACGCGGGAGAUUCGCUCGUGAAGGCGGCGGCCGACGCGGCACACAGCGCCAGCGUGCCCGUGUCGCUGCACCUGGACCACUGCCAGACGCCGGAGCUGGUGCGGCGCGCAGCCGACAUCCCGGACGGCUUCGACAGCAUCAUGUGCGAUAUGAGCCACUACGAAAAGGAUGAGAACCUCAAGCUGACGGCCGAGCUGGUCAAAUACUGCCACGAGCGCGGCAUCGCGGCCGAGGCUGAGCCGGGGCGCAUCGAGGGCGGCGAGGACGGCGUCGCCGAGACGGUUGAUCUCGAGGGGGUGCUGACGACACCCGAGCAGGCCGAGGAGUUUGUGGCGACGGGCAUCGACAUGCUGGCGCCGGCGUUUGGGAACGUGCACGGCGAGUACGGGCCGCGUGGCAUCCAGCUCGAGUACGAGCGGCUGCAGAGCAUCAACGAGGCCGUCGGCGACCGCGUCAGGCUCGUGCUGCACGGCGCCGACCCGUUCGACGAGACCAUCUUCAAUAAGUGCAUGGCGGCGGGCGUGACAAAGAUCAACAUCAACAAAGGCAUGAACGACCACUACGCACGCGUGCAGAAGGACAUGCAGGGAAAGCCCCUGACCAGCGUGAUUGAGGCGGGUACAAAUGCCAUGCAGGUCGCCAUUGAGAAAUACAUGCACUGGCUGGGGAGCGCUGGGAAGGCCUAG